UCUAGACACCCUUGUCACAUGCUCCGCUGUCGAUGCUGCUGAAGCUCAGAGCUGUCAAUUGACGCCACCAUGCCUCGUCCAACCGCAUCGCCACUACUAUUGACACGCUUCGCCCGUCGCGCUCCCACGUCACCGCUCGCGGCAGGCCGAUGCAUCAACAUCACGGCCGCGGCGCUUUCCAAAGCGUUCUCUACCCAGGUUCCAGGGCCAGCACACAUCAAUACAGCGGACAGCCCGACCCAGAGCCCAGGGUCGUCGCCGGACGCGCGCUUCGAGGUGGUCGGCUCCCCGUUCUCACUCCUCUCCGUGUCCCUUGAUGCCUCACAGUACCUCUACACCCGCCGCGGCACCCUGGUCGGUCUGAGUGGGAAAGCCGAAAAUACUCUUUCCACGCUCUCGUUCCUCGGCCCGAUCCGUCGCGCCCCAUUCGGCAUCCCGUUCCUCUACCAGAAGGUCUCCUCGACAAGCCCCAUCACCGCCCUCGUAUCCACGAAAUCGCCCAUUGCGUCCAUUGUUACCGUCACCCUCGAUGGCAGAAAUGAUUGGCUCAUCGCCCAACGCCAGGCCCUCCUAGCUUGGACCGGCCAGGCCCUCUCUUUGGCCCCACGAUACAAUGUCAAGCUUGGAGUUGCACACUGGGGCAACACAUAUGUCACUGGCCGGGGUUUAUUGGCUCUUGUGGGUAGCGGUCAGAUCUACCAGGUCCAGUUGAAGGCAGGAGAAAGCUACAUCGCUCAUCCCAGCAACGUCCUCGCGUACACGGCUGCUACAAACCCACCCUCUCCCUUCCGCUUCAAAUCUGCUAGCAUUCGAUUCCAGAUACCAGAUUUUGGUUUUCGUUCGCUAUUACUGAGCGUCAAGUUUUUCAGAGUCAUGAGUGAGACAGCCACAUGGACGACCUUAGCAACCCUAUUUCACACGAUGAAGAUCUGGGCUAGACGGUCGAUAUGGGGUGAUCGGCUGUUUCUCCGCUUUGAGGGCCCCACAACAAUGUUGCUCCAAUCACGUGGAUCACGUAUUAGCGAUGUUUUGACAUUAAGAGACGUCAGUGAGAUCGCCGAGACUCCUCCUGGCGCAGUGCAGGAUGCCGUCUCCAGGAAAAUCCAGGAGGAAAUCAAGGAAAUCUCGUCUAGCUCCAUAUCCUCACAGCAAGCAAUAGCUUCCCAGCCAGUACCAGACGGCAGUAAAGUUCAGUAUGCGACUAUCCGCAAUGGUAAAGCUGAGUUUGAUAAUUCGUGAAUACGAUCAUUGAGAGGGUAUAUGUAGCAUAUUGUAUUGUAUAUCGUGCUUGUACGCCUA